GGGUAGUCAGCGCCGCCACGGAGGGUGAGUCUCAGUCGCCACUCGGUCAGCCUGCCGCACGGCUGGGUUUCGGAAUCCGUCUACGCGAGUACGCGCUCUCUUUCUCUCCCUCUCACCACACACACACACACACACACACACACACAACACAACACAACACAACAGAACACAACACCACACGACACCACACAACACACACGUACACGUACAUAUUCAUCGUAACACGUUCACGCUCGCGUUCGCAUCGAAAUCGCACGCAUCAUCGUACACAUCAUCGCGUACACGCACACUUACACACACACACAAAAUUACACACGGUGACACGCACAGAUACACAUUUACACCCCCUCGUCGACACGCAGAGAGACAGACGGACGGACAGGCAGGCAGACAGACAGACGGACAGACCGACACCGCGGAAGGUGCACGCGAGAAGAGCCGAGGCACACACACACACGUAGGGGUGGCAGAAGUGCGCGAAGAAGAAGAAGAAGAAAGGAAAAAAAGCCAGCGGAGAAAGCAAGGUGCGGAUCACUACGUUCCUGGAUCAACCUACCCCGGUACACCUAAACGAUCGCUUCUCGGUAAUCGGUGAUCGCCGUGGCAGCCGCGACAACGUAUCCCGGACGCGGACGCGUACCCGCAACCGGUCAGCGCGUGUGCACCCGACCACGAUCGAUCCUCGCGGCGAUACGAUCCAGAAACGCGAUGGACAGAACCGCCAUCCUGCUGCGACCAGCGAGAUAGCCGAGACCGGACCCAGCGCGGGACCGAAAGCCGGGCCCAACACCGCACGGGACUGCUAAUCGGUGGUGCACCGUAGCCUCAUCGAGGCUGAGUACCGUGGUAUCUCGGCAAGGAUUCUCGAUCGCAGGCAGCCGGUGGUCUCGCAGCGGCAACAGUAUCCGCGGGCCGUUGGCCAGGCCGAGGAUCAAGGAUGUGAUCUCGGCUCCCUUGGUAUCCGCGUUCCCCUCGCAAAGGGAUGUUCUCCUCCGCGGGCACCAGCUGCACCGACGCCGAGGAGGACGCCGAGGAUGUGGAGAACGACGUGGCAGGUACCGCGCAGUCGUCUAAUUACUUGCCGUCGGGUAUCCGUGAUAGCGCGCGCGAUAACCUGGAAGGACUGCGGUUAGAUGGGUCAUCGAUCGCGCGUCCACCAGCCGAGGACACUAUCGCGAGGCCAUCGACGUCGUGGUCGCUGCCUCGAUAAAUCCGGACCGCCGUCCUCCCCGUUCCCUUGGUCGCCGUUCUCCUCCCGCAUCUCCUUCGCCUCCGCCUCCGCCCCCGCGAUCGCAUUUGCGUUCGCGCCCGCCACCAGCCCCGCACCCGCCACGCCGUUUAGUUGUUGUCCGGCGGGUACGCCGCGCCGGAAACCGGAAGAGGUCCCCGAGACCGGGACACGGGGACUGCUCGGGCUUGGAGCGCCGGAAGACGGGACAGCCGGAGCCGAAGGAGCCGCGUCCAGGUGACGAAAGACGCGGCCCGAUUAGCCGAAUCGCGGGUUCGCCGCGUUCGGUUGCCGAACGGAGGGGGCAACGUACACGGGGCGAAACAACGUUCUAAGGGAGAGAUCCGUGCGCGGGAUCGAGCGAAAACGAAGGGUCCAGGUCGAACAGAGUGCGCGGACCCCCCGUGUGACAUCGAGUGCGUCGCCCUGGUGACUUAUAUUGGAUGACCGGUGAUCGGGCUGUCCGGGACUGGCCGACUACCGAGGAGACGCCGCGCGAUGGUGAACUAUCCGCGGGUCAUGACAUUCAGUUAGUGUUGUGGUGCCGCGGGCCCGUUCGUGUCACGGUUGCAAGCCGAGCUGGAUAACAGAAGCGAGAAGAGAGAUUCACGCAUAGCGAGAGGAGAGAGAGAGCGAGCCGUGCCCGAGGAUGAGGCGAGGAAGACCGAGCACCGUGAACAGCGUAGCCGACAGAGGCUGGCCUAGGUCCUGAUAGCCGCAGCGACCAGGAUUCCGGGGAUCAUUCACGGGAGAAAGGAUGCCAGGGGGGCGCAGGGGCCUGGUCGCCCCGCAAAACACAUUCUUGGAGAACAUCAUACGACGGAGCAGCAGUCAACCUGACAGCAGUUUUCUCCUGGCGAACGCUCAGAUCGUCGACUUCCCUAUUGUCUAUUGCAACGAAAGCUUUUGCAAAAUCUCUGGCUAUAAUCGUGCCGAGGUUAUGCAAAAGUCCUGCCGCUGCGGAUUCAUGUACGGGGAGUUGACGGACAAAGAGACGAUCGCCAGGAUCGAGGAAUGCCUCGAGGGCCAGAUUCACGAUCAAUUCGAGAUCCUGCUGUACAAGAAGAACAGUGCCCCACGAGGUAUGUCUAGCACAGGUUCGCAAAAGAGUGCUCGAAAGACCCACCACGUGAGCAAGAGACGACACACGUACAAGGAUCGUCGAACGAUCCCUGGACCGAGGGGCGGCCAUAAUGAGAGGACGCUAUUCGACCUCCCGGCUACUCUUGAUUUCAAAACACCACUAUGGCUGCUUCUGCAAAUAGCGCCGAUCAAAAACGAACGGGACCUGGUGGUCCUGUUCCUGCUAACCUUCCGGGACAUCACUGCCCUGAAGCAGCCGAUCGAGGCGGACGACAGCAAGGGCGGCCUAUCGAAGUUCGCGAAACUCGCCAGAACGGUCACCAGGUCCAGAUCCGUUCUCGUCUCGCAGUUCAGCUCCCAUCUGCCCGCCCUGAAGGACUCCGCGUUGCCGACCACUACCAAACAGUCGCACCUAGCUCACAUGUUGACCUUAAGCGGCGACGUGAUGCCGCAGUACAGACAGGAGGCGCCGAAGACACCGCCGCACAUUUUAUUACAUUACUGCGCGUUCAAGGCGAUCUGGGACUGGAUCAUUUUGUGUUUGACCUUUUACACGGCCAUCAUGGUGCCCUACAACGUCGCGUUCAAGAACAAAACCAGCGAGGACGUAUCGUUGCUGGUGGUCGACAGCAUCGUCGACGUCAUAUUCUUCAUCGACAUUGUCCUGAAUUUUCACACGACGUUCGUCGGUCCCGGCGGUGAGGUGGUGUCCGACCCAAAGGUGAUCAGAAUGAACUACCUGAAGUCGUGGUUCGUCAUCGACCUGCUCAGCUGCCUUCCGUACGACGUGUUCAACGCGUUCGACCACGACGAGGACGGGAUCGGCAGCCUGUUCUCCGCCCUGAAGGUGGUGCGUUUGCUCCGUCUAGGUCGCGUGGUCCGCAAACUAGACCGGUAUCUGGAGUAUGGAGCCGCGAUGCUCAUUCUUCUGCUCUGUUUCUACAUGUUGGUUGCUCACUGGCUGGCCUGUGUCUGGUACGUCACUUUAAGGUACUCGAUAGGAAGAUCGGACGCCGACAACGGUGUCCAGUACUCCUGGCUGUGGAAGCUGGCGAACGUCACCCAGUCCCCGUACAGCUACCUGUGGACCAAUACCAGCACCGCGCCCGAGCUGGUGGCGGGUCCGUCCCGUAGGACCAUGUACGUCACCGCGCUCUACUUCACGAUGACCUGCAUGACCUCGGUGGGCUUCGGGAACGUCGCCGCGGAGACCGACAACGAGAAGAUCUUCACCAUCUGCAUGAUGAUCAUCGCCGCCCUGCUGUACGCCACAAUCUUCGGUCACGUGACCACGAUAAUCCAACAAAUGACAUCCGCGACCGCCAAGUACCACGACAUGCUGAACAACGUCAGGGAGUUCAUGAAGCUGCACGAGGUGCCGAAAGCGCUCAGCGAACGCGUGAUGGACUACGUCGUGAGCACCUGGGCGAUGACCAAGGGCCUAGACACCGACAAAGUGCUCAAUUACUGCCCCAAGGACAUGAAGGCCGACAUCUGUGUUCAUUUGAAUCGAAAAGUCUUCAACGAACACCCGGCGUUCAGGCUGGCCUCCGACGGUUGCUUGCGCGCCCUGGCGAUGCACUUCACGAUGUCGCACAGCGCUCCCGGGGACCUCCUCUAUCACACCGGCGAGUCGAUCGACUCGCUCUGCUUCAUCAUCACCGGGAGCCUCGAGGUGAUCCAGGACGAGGAGGUGGUCGCGAUCCUCGGCAAGGGGGACGUGUUCGGGGACAGUUUCUGGACGAACCCGUCCGUGGGACAGAGCGCGGCGAACGUCCGCGCCCUCACCUACUGCGACCUACACACCAUCAAGAGGGACCGGCUGCUGGAGGUCCUGGAUUUUUAUCAGGCCUUCGCCAACUCCUUCGCCAGAAACCUUGUCCUCACGUACAACCUGAGCCAUCGGCUGAUAUUCCGGAAAGUGGCCGACGUCCGGCGCGAAAAAGAGCUGGCCGAGCGGAGGAAAAACGAGCCGCAGAUGGAUCAAGCGCAGGAUCACCUGGUGCGCAAAAUUUUCUCGAGGUUCAAGACCGACGGGGAAGCCCAGAUUGGCGUGACCAGGGCCGCAAACGGACGGUCCCAGCAGGAUUCCGACGAGGAGCUCACCGUGAACGUCCUGCCGCCCUGGCCCAGUUUUAGGUUCCGCAGGGAGAGGCACACCGCCGACGUCGAGAAGGGCGACGGGAAGGACGCCAAGGACGGCAAGGAGGGCGAGUCCUCGCACUCGAGGAAACUCUCCACCGCCGACGAGAACACUGCCGCCAAGCCGCGAACCGGCAAGUGGGGACGAUUGUUAGGAAGCGCGAGCCUGGACUCGGGGAGCGACACAGGGUCCGGCGCGGACACGUUCAAGAGGUCGUUGAGCGCUCGGGACGCGAGGCCGAGUUCCAGCGGGGGCAGCAACAAGGUGUUCCCGAAGUUCGGUAAGCUGGCCGGUACGAUCGAGGAGUCCGGCGACGGGGAGAGCGGGAAAGAGAUCAGCCAGCAGCAGCAGCCGCCGCAGCCGCCGCAGCCGAGCGCCGCGGACUCGAAGCAGCUUCAGCUGCGCCGAUUGGAGAGCUACGACGACGGUCUGAUCACCAGCCAGCCGAGCCACGACCGUGAGAUCCUGGCGGCGGUGCUGGAGGUCAAGGUGGACCUGAAGCUGGAGGUGCAGCGGGUGAACCAGAGGCUGGCGAAGAUCGAGGACAUGCUGCAGAUGUUGUUGACGCGGAUGCCGACGAUCAGUCCUCAGCAGCAGCAGCAGAAGCCGGGUGGUAACAACGGGUCGUCGGGCGCGGGCCAGCCGUCCAGUCAGGCACCGAGCUCCCAGCAAGGCUCGCAGGCGACCCAGACCACCGGCGGGAACGGUAUCGGCGAGCAGAAAUUGUCGAUAGCGACCGCGUCGACGUCGACGAUGGCCGGGGAGGGUUACAGGGAGCAGGGGACGACGACCGAGCGCAGCUCCAAGUCCCAGGAGCACCAUCAUCAUCACCAUCACCACCAUCAGCAGUCGUCGGACCGGCUCAAGGACUCGGACUACAAGAGCUCGUCCCGGGAGGUCAGCAAGGAGCUCCUGGAGAGGCUCGCGCAGGCCUCCACGUCCCGGUCGGACGACGCCGCGCCUCUCGGCCCGCUGAUCCUCCGGAAACGCAGGAGCAAAUCGAGGAACAAAGGGGCCGCGCCGCUGGCGCCGCUCGCCAGCCAGCCGAUCAGCCCGUCCGAGGCCACGGAGACCACGCAGAUGCUCGAGUGCACCGACGACAGGGAGCCGCAGAGCUCCAGGGAGCAGCAAGCCGAGAGGAGCGACAGGAAGAGGCCUCCGCCCAGGCCCAGAGAGUACUUGUGAAAGUUCUUGUGGCUCCGGUCGGUUGUCUCGAGGCUCCUCCUCUGAUUCCGACAGGGAACUCUGCUCUGUGAACUGCUGAUGAACCGAGCCUCUUCUAUCUUCUUCUUCUUCUUCUUCUUCCGCGGGAGAGGCCGCCGGCGGGGAUGCGAGGGCUCGGUGCCGACGCACGGUGUUCAGGGAUAUCGCGGUCCCCAACGACUUUCGAACGAUUGGGGACCACCGUUCCUUCGCGGUUAGAUAUUUUUAGCUUUUAGUCGAUCGUGUGUGGAGCUCUCGGACAGCCAUACACGCCGGACUAUUUUCGACGUUCAACGAACAGUCUAAACGCGUGUACAUAACAUACACGGCGUUUACCCAUUAAGCCGCGCAUUGUCUGUAAUUUCACCGCUCCGCGAGGGCGCACGCAAUUAUCCGCUAAAACCGCUUCGCGAAUCAUCCUCAGCGAGCUUCACCGAGGAUCGUCGGAGCACACGCGAGAAACGAACCUACGGACAGCAAGAAAAGUACUAGCGUAAUUAAAUAUACGUAUGCAUGUGCGCGGCACGAGUCCGGCGAUACGACCGACUUUCGAAAUCAGCUCGGACUUUUUGUUUAAACGGGAUCUGUUUCGCGAUGGAAAGCCGCACGGUUGUUACGGGAGGAGGACUUUUUGGGAGCUGUGCUUUCGAUGUCGUGUCGCGCGAACUCGCCCUGUACGUGUUGUAAACUCUCCCCCGUUGGCGUCGCGGGACCCGGCGUGGUGGUCGCCAACGGGGGACUGCCUGUAGACAAUUAUCGAAUGUAAAAAAUUG